CCCCCCCCCCUCUCUCUCUCUCUCUCUCUCUCUCUCUCUCUCUCUCUCUCUGUGUUAGGUAGGUAAAUCAUCAGGUGAAUUGAAAAUGUUCACUACGGUUUCUCGCAGUGGAAGGCACUUGCAGAGAUACAACAAAGGUUGCCGCCUCGUCGUUGGAUGCAUUCCAUAUAGGUACAAAACCUGCCCCAACAAAGCUGCAGAAAACGAUGAAGUAGAAGUUCUCGUGAUCAGCUCACAGAAGGGUAGAGGAAUGCUGUUUCCCAAGGGAGGGUGGGAACUUGACGAAUCUGUGGAAGAAGCAGCUUCAAGAGAGACGCUUGAAGAAGCCGGGGUUGUUGGCAAUGUUGAGGGUGAACUGGGUAAAUGGAGUUUCAGGAGCAAGAGCCAAGGAACAAACCAUGAAGGCCGUAUGUUUGCCCUGCUCGUCACCGAGCAGCUCGAUCUUUGGCCGGAGAAAGAUCUCCGCCAAAGAGUAUGGAUGAAUGUGGAUGAAGCGAGAGAGGUUUGUCAGCACGGGUGGAUGAAAGAGGCGCUAGACGUAUUAGUUGAUAGGCUCACUUCUGAGAAGCUGCAUGGAGGAGUACUGGAACAAUAAGAAAGAGAGAAUUGUUCUACAAGUUUGACGAGCGAGAGCUGAAUGAAUAUUAGAACUUUUUUUUUGUAUUAAUUAAACUAAUAAUAAAAUUUGUACAUAUUGGACUGGCGGGCGUAGCCCCGCGUAUCCAGGCAUCUUCACAGAAGGUGAUGAAAGAGCUGGUUAUAUAUAUAGGGCAACAAUGGCGGGCGUGCUCAGCCUCAGCCUGCAGAUUCCAAGAAAUCAACCAAAUCCAUAUGUAUAUAUUAUUAUUGUUGUUGAUUCAUCUGCUUCUUCAA